GCCAUAAACAUAAACAUCGGAUUGUCACAGAGCUCAUUCACUGAGUCCGACGUAAACAAACCAGAAAUGACGUCGCAAAUCCGACAAAACUUCCACCAGGACUGCGAGGCCGCCAUCAACAGACAGAUAAACCUUGAGCUCUAUGCCUCUUAUGUUUAUCUCUCCAUGGCAUACUACUUUGAUAGGGAUGAUAAAGCCCUACCAAAUUUUGCAAAGUUCUUCAACGCCCAGUCCAAAGAGGAGCGCGAGCAUGCAGAGAAGCUGAUGAGUCUGCAGAAUAAGCGGGGAGGCAGGAUUUUUCUGCACGACAUCAGAAAACCUGAUAGAGAUGAGUGGGGCAGUGGUCUGGAGGCUCUGGAGUGUUCCUUGCAGCUGGAGAAAAGUGUAAACCAAUCCCUGCUGGACCUGCAGAAAAUGGCGACUGAACACAAUGAUCCCCAUAUGUGCGACUUCAUAGAAACACAUUAUCUGGAUGAGCAGGUUAAAUCGAUCAAACAACUCUCUGACUGGAUUACCAACCUGCGCCGAAUGGGAGCCACUGAUAGCGGCAUGGCUGAGUACCUCUUUGACAAACACACCAUGGCUGAUGAGGGCAGUUAAACGACACUGUACCAAACAUGUACUGCAUGUAAUACAGAUAACACUGCUUUGUUUAUGUUUGCCAAAUGCAAAGAGAGCUCUCUAAACCUCACAUUUUACGUUACAUCCCAGAUUACAAUCGAUCUGAGUGAUGUCAAGUAGAAAUAAAGACUGAGCCAACCUUUAAUCCACGCCAUGUAUGUGUUCAUACUUUGAUAUUUUACUGAUGGUUUCAGUGUUUUUGUUGUUUCCAAAGUAUGGUGGCUGAAACGCUACGAUUUAAUGUCUGUAUAAUAAAAUUUAAAAUGCAUUUCUUUUUUAAAAUAUUUGCUUGUAAGUGAAGCCGGACUGUACUGCUGGAAUAUUUAAAGGCUUUUAUAAUAAAAAAUUACAAUGACACAGAAAUUCAUAUUUCAGCU